ACGUCACAUCCGCCAGUGACGUCAUCCACUCCCUCCCGCCUUCUCUCCUCGCGCCGCCAUUUCGCAUCGUGCUGCUCUCCGCGCCUCCCGUCUACAAACAACAGCCUCUUCGUCUCCUCGUCACAAACGCAGCGCCACCAUGGCUGACAAACUCGACAUGUCCCUGGACGACAUCAUCAAGCAGAACCGACAGAAGGGGAUCGGCGGCCGCGGCGGACGAGGCGGCCGCGGCGGGCGAGGAGCAGGCGUCGGCCUGCGCGGGCUCCGAGGAGGCGGCCCGCGUGGAGGCCGCGGCGGCCGAGGAGGAGGAGGCGGCGUGGGGCUCGGGGUCGCCUCGCUCGGCCUUCGAAGCCCCGUGCAAACGGCCGUGUUCAAGCGAGGCCGCGCCGCGCAGGGCCCAGCAGCGUUCACGCGGCAACAGCCGCAGCGGGUGGCGGAGCGCUGGCAGCACGACAUGUUUGACGGCUCGGUGGUGCAGGAGCGCGGAGGCAAACUGCUCGUCUCCAACCUCGACUUCGGAGUAUCGGACGCCGACAUCCAGGAGCUGUUUGCGGAGUUUGGGCCGCUGCGCAAGGCGGCGGUGCACUACGACCGCUCGGGCCGCUCUCUGGGUACGGCCGACGUCCACUUUGAGCGCCGCGCCGACGCCAUCAAGGCCAUGAAGCAGUACAACGGCGUGCCUCUCGACGGCCGACAGAUGAACAUCCAACUCGUGACGUCGCAGAUCGAUGCCCCUCGGCCACGGCAGGCCCUUGGGCUGCAGGGCGGCGGCACGUUUAACGCGGGCCGCGGGUUUGCCCGUGGCCGGGGCGUCAUGGUAGGCGGCGGCAUGAGGGGUCGCGGGGCCCGAGGUGGUGCACAGGGCCGCGGACGGGGCCGAGGGCGGGGUGCCCGCGAUAGCCGGCCCAACUUGUCGGCUGAAGAGCUGGACGCUCAACUCGAUGCCUACAAUGCCAAGAUGGACACAAGUUAAACGAGCGAGAAACACGACGCGUCCUGAAGCCAGCCAUCUCUGAGAAGAUGAGAGAGAUUUGGAAUACCGUAACGUCCAUGUUGUGUACAUAAACAAGACAGGGAAUAAGGCGUAGGGUUUGUUAGCUAUCUUUUGUUUUAGGUUCAAUGUUUUAUACUAGUCAUGGUUUUUGUACAAGCAAAUUUGUGUUAGCUUGUUAUGCGUGAAUGUCUUGUACAACUCCAGUUAAAUUGCCUCUGUAACAAUAAACGAUGAGUCUCACAAA